CUUUGGUUACCAUCGCAACAAGUGUAAAUAAAUAAACAGUAAACAAGGAGUAGUAACAAGCACCAUUUUGCAAAAGUAGUAAAAACAAAAUACAUCAGUCUUCACGACGAAAGUAUGAAGAAAGAAGAGUUUCUUUCUUGUUUUUCACUCUCCAAGGAAACGCUUCGUUUGAAGAAUAUUGAAAUAUCUGACUAAAUCGAGUAUACUAAAUAAGAAGUAUUGAUCAGAUACAACAGGUGCAAAAACUUGCAAGAACAAAACAAAUCAUAUCAAAAAACAAAUGACAAAAAGUGUUGGUUAUGCAAAAAGCACUAUAUAUCGUUCAUAAAUCAAUAAAAUCCAUCAUGAAAUAUUCAUAUAUUUGCAUUUGUUGGUUCAUGAGAACGGCAUUCUUCUUAUACCUGCUACGUAAAACUUUCCUUGGAAAUUUGUAGACAGUGUACCAGUAGCAUGUUCUAUGGAAUGUCGCCGGAUGGAGGUUUAGCAAACUUGGACAAUAUUUUAAAAAAUUUAUUUUUAGAUAAUCCAAACGACUGAUUUUACUCGACUAUAGCACUACUUAGGCGUUCGAUGGCUGGUAAAUAUGACUACUUCAAGUGUCUACUUCUUCCUUUCACAAAUUCAUCUACUAUGGCUGACAAAAACUCGAAUGUGGUACGAAGAAAUUUAUCCCUGAAUGAUUAAUAAAAAUGAUUAUAAAGCGAAGGAAAUGCUCGACAUGUUCACUAGUAGUCAAUAUUACUCGAACUUUUGGGUGGGACUUGAGAUUUCGAUUGUAAUAUCAAUCCUUUAGAGCAUUCCCAUAUUACAACCAAAAUUCUCUUUUAUUAUUUCGUGGAAGGUAUUAUCGGAUAACCAUAUAAUUCAUUAAUUUACUUCCUAUUGUUCUAUUGUUUACAUUGUUACUUGCCAAGUUUCAAUUCAUUAGAUGAUGGGAUUUUCAAAACGAUCCCUCGGUUAUAUGUUGGCGGGCUGCCUUGGUCUUGCUACGGCUUCUCCUCUGUAUGGUAAUCUCGAAACAAUGGAACCAUCCUCGCAGAAACUUGAAAAGCGCUCAACAGAUGUCUUUGAGCAAGUCAUUGAUACUUCUGAUCCAACUGGUUUGUUCGGGUCUGCAAGGCACCCUUUGACACCAGCUGGUGUUUCCGAGAAUAAUGGUAUGCCCAUUGAAACAAACAAAUUUUACGACAACCUUUUGGUUGGCUCCAGAACCUCCUUUCUUUAUGCUGAUCCAUACCGUUACUGGUGGCAGUCUUCGAAUACUCAUUCUGGUAUAUGUAUCAGUCAUACCGAUGAGAACCAACGAGUCUUUGACUGGGGUAGCGCUGUUCCCAGUUUCUAUUUUAACCCAAUUGGUCUUUGCUCUUUGGGUUUUGGUGCUUCUGGAUUGACCGAAGCCAUUACCCCCGAGGUCGACGAAGUAGAUCAAAUGUCCGCUCGUGUCAACUUCAACUGGGGCUCCUCUUCCAUGAGAAUCUCCUUGGUCGAGGGAUUGGCCUUCAGCACUGCCGAGUACUCCAAUGCAGUUCCUGAGAUUUUCACUUCCACCUUCUUUAUGAAUAAUAUCCAAUCCGUUUCCGGAUCUUCUGCCACUCAAAAGUACAAAGUUACUUUGUCGGAUGGCCAUAUCUGGCUCAUUUAUGUCUUUGGUAACCACCUUACUUUGAACGCUAAUGGAAACCAAGUUCUCGUUGGCUCAAACUCCUUUACUGGUUAUAUUCAAAUCGCCAAGAUUCCGUCAGGCGAUUCCGAAGCCGAGUCCAUUUAUGACAAAUAUGCCGGUGCAUACGUUACUGGUAUUUCCGUCUCUGGUAAUGUUGAUGGUGAUACUGGCUAUUAUACCUUCAACUUGAAGACUUCUGGUCAUAGUUCCAAUGUGCCCUUACAUUUCUUAUUGCCCCACCAAAUUGAUUCCCUUUCCUCAGGCGCAUCUACUACCGGAAUUUCUUUGGUUUCCUUGGUUAGCGGCUAUGCUACAGCUGUUGCCGGUAACUCCAUUACUUUUGCCGACACUGUCCCUAAGGAUAUUCACUUCUUGCCCUGGUCACCUCAAGGUAAAAAGGUCGGUUACUCGACAGAUGCUCUCAACGAAAUUAGGGCUGUUGCAACCCAAGAGAUGAAUGGUGACAUGGAUGCUGAAAGUGAUUUGGACUCUAUGUAUUACAGUGGUAAAGUCCUUGGUAAGUAUGCAAUGCUUUGCCUUACAAUCAACGAUAUCUUAAACGACAAGGAGAUGAGCAAUACUUGCGUCAAAAAAUUAGAAAGUGCUUUUGCUCGCUUCGUUGAUAACAAGCAAAUUAAUCCUUUGGUUUAUGAUUCUACUUGGAAAGGUGUAAUCAGCAAAGCUGGUCUUUCUGGUUAUGCUAUGGCAGAUUUUGGAAACACUUAUUAUAAUGAUCACCACUUUCACUAUGGCUACUUUGUUCUUACAGCCGCGGUUAUUGCUCAUAUUGAUCCUGACUGGAUAAAUGCUGGUAAUAACAAGAAGUUCGUUAAUUCACUUAUUCGUGAUGUUUCCAAUCCCACUAGCCAGGAUCCCCAUUUCCCCGUUCAAAGAAUGUUUGAUUUUUACCACGGCCAUUCAUGGGCAGCAGGUCUAUUUGAGUCAAAUGAUGGCAAGGACGAAGAAUCUACUUCCGAGGAUUACAACUUCUUUUAUGGUAUGAAGUUAUGGGGUGAAGUUACUGGUGAUGAUGCUAUGGUAGAUCGUGCAAACAUUAUUUUGUCUAUCUUGAAGCGUUCCCUCAAUAAGUACAUCUACUACUCGAAAGGAAAUGUUCAACCUGAAUCUAUGCAACCUAACUAUGUGGCCGGUAUCACCUUCAUGAACAAGAUCACCCAUGUGACCUAUUUCGGUACUAAUCCUGAAUUUGUUCAAGGUAUUCAUAUGCUUCCAGUUACUCCUAUUUCAGCCUACAUCCGUGAACAAUCAUUUAUCAGAAACGAAUGGGAUAAUAUGCUUGUUCAUGACCUUGGAGCAGCAAUUCCUUCUUGGAGAAGCUUGUUGUAUGCUGAUUAUGCUAUCGUAGAUCCAUGGACAAGUUACAGCUACUUUUCUACACCUGCAUUUCAACCUAGUUGGUUAGAUGUUGGUGCUUCUCGUGCUUGGUACUUGGCAUUCUCCGCUGGUCUGGACGGAAGAAAUGCUGUUUACUACCCUAAAAACACAGAUGACUCUAACCCCAGUUCUGAACCUGCUCCUUCUUCUUCUCCAUCUGUGUCUUACGGAACCACAACAACUAGUAAGGUUUAUGCUACUACCUCUGUCACGAACUCGGCUACUCCCUCAAAUACUGCUUCUGGUAGCUCAACAUCUAUUCCUCCAGUCUCGAUGUCCAGUUUCGUACCUGUUCCUACUUCCACACCCACCUCUGGUCCAAAGACUUGCAACAAUGCUGUGUAUGACCCUUCUGCAUACGUCUGCGAUGGUAACUUCCUUUGUCCCAUUGUUAAUGGUGUACCAUACGCGAAUUGCAAUGGUGCUUGCUAUAACCCUAAACAAUAUGGAUGUUACAACAACAAUUUAGGCCCCAAUGUAAGUCCUCCUGACUUGGCAGUAUCUCCUGUUCAUACCGAAGCUGGCAAAUCUAACACUGCUACUAAAACCAGUUCUUCUUCUUCUUCCUCACCUUCACCCAAACCGACUACUGGAAUGCGUAAAUGCGGAAAUACCAUGUACGAUGCUAGUGCUAUUGUCUGCUAUGACAAUGACGUUCUUUGUCCUAUCGUUGACGGGAAUGUUUUUGAAGAUUGCAAUGGUUCCUGCUACGAUCCUUCCAAAUAUAGUUGCGAUAAUGGUUCCGUUUCUCAUAAAAAUGUAUCAAAGCCUCCCACUGCCAGCUCGACUCAUGCCACUUCCAGCGCUACACACGCUUCCAAACCCUCUACGGCUGCUAUUGCUCAAUGUGGACAGACCUGGUACAAUUCCAACAGCUAUAUCUGCUACGGCAAUUUAUUGUGUCCCAUUAUCGGUGGAAAGAAAUUGCAAGCUUGCGGUAGCGCAUGUUAUGAUCCCGAUUCUUACAGUUGUCUCGGCGGUAAACUUGUCUCCAAGUAAAUCGAAAGUCACUAUUGAAUGCAUAUAAAAGCAACGACCAUAUGCUUUUAACUAUUUGUUUUUAUUUUUGUUAUAAAUGUUUUCCCACAGUGGCACGUCUGGUACGUGUUGCAAGAUGAGAUUAACAUUAUGAUUAUUUUGCGUUUGCAUACCCUUAUUUACAUUAAUCGUAUUGGGUUAAUUCGGUUACUCAACUAUUUUGUACAUAAUUCUUCUGGGUCUUUAUUUAGAGAUAUCUGAAUGCAUAUUAAUUAACUCUUUGAGAGAGUUAAGUCUCUGUUUGUGAAUUAGAUAAAGCUUUCUAGAUGUAAAGUUCGAGAUAUCAUCUUUAAUAUUAGAUAUUCAUUUCAUUAAUCUAUGCUAGGUGUUGCUAAA